UUACUUAAAAUUUGCGAAAGAAAAGUUGAAGUAAAAAAAAAGAAGAAAAGCACAAAACGAAUUAUGGUUGGUCACCAUAUUGUUUCUGUUCUCUUCGCCAUUCUAAGUGUUUCGUUUAGCGAAGUAUACGGAAAUACCUUGAUUAGAGUGAAGCGUCAGGGGCAGGGACCAAGUGGCGAAAUCGUAGACAACAUUUUCAACAUACCAAUAACAGCCAUUCGACAAACCGCUACAGCCGCGCAGACGUUUUUGCCGGAAAAUACCGAAACUAUUGAUAGCGUCUUUAAGAUUCCUAUUAUGACUUUGGAGGCUGUCGGUAAUCUGGUGAAGAGUACAGCGCCACAGCGGGAAGAAAUACAACGACGCCGUGCAGAGAGACGCGACCAGGUACAGGCGCAACGCGAACAGCAACGAAUACAACGAGAACAGCAGCGCCUCCAGCGUGAAAAGUUACAACAGGACAAAUUUGAGCGUCGUAAGCAACGCGUACCUCGCCAUUACCAUCAUGAUCCGUUGGGUUUGAAUUCACUGGCGAAUCUACUGGUCGGCCAUCAUGGAAUCCUCAGCGGUCAUUCCGGUCUUGAUAGUCUCUUUACGUUUGGCCAUCAGAGCCACAAUAACAACCACGGUAACCAUGGAAACCAUCAAGAGAUUAUAGGAAGCCAUGGAGGUCAUGGAGGCCACGGUGGUCAUGGAGGUCAUGGAGGUCAUGGAAGUCAUGGUAGCCAUGGAAGCCACGGUAGCGGAAGUGGGGAGAACACUUAUGAAGUAUACGAGGAAGUGAUAGAAGACACGAAACCCACGCUUUGGCAAGGAUUGGGAAGUUUCUUCGGGUCUCAGGCCUCGGCGUCGUCCGGCAAAAUACAGAACAAAGUGGCGCCAAAAGUUGAGCGAAAUAAAUAUAGUAGAUAUCAAGACGACGAGCCUCCACUGGAAAAUAAAAUAGCACCGAAAUACAACAGUGGAUUUUUCCCGGCAUCGUCAGACGACGAAUAUGUCGCUAAUGAACGGAACGGCAGAAGUAGGCUAGUGUUCGAACACAGGAGCAUCUGACAUGACUCUGAUAAAGAAAACAAAUAUCUAUAACAGUCAUGGGCCAAUAUCAUGAAAACGAAGACACGAUUUUUCCAGAAAAUGUACAGUGGUAAUUGAAUAGCGCCAUAAAAUUUUCCAAGCUUGCAGUCACUGUGAAUAAUCUAAUUAAUAUGUAUAUACUAAUUAAAUCAUUAAUCAUCGUCUUAAGCAUACCUGUAUAUAUACAUAUAUUGUAAACGUAAUUUUGCUAGUA